GACCCCCCUUCUGCCUUUUGACCUACUCCUCUCUUUUUUUCCACCCUCAGUUCUAGGGUUUCCUUUUUUUUUCUCUUGAUCCUUUGUGUUCCGCUCUUCCUCUUCCUGCUGCUCUAUAGCUCUCUCCUCAAACACCCUUUUCUUGUUUUUGUAUAUACAUGUACCAUCUUUUCUGCCAUUUUUAGGGGGUUUUCUGUUUAUAAGAGGUGGGGUUUUCACUGGAUCAACUUUAGUAUAACGUGAAUAGCUUCUGUUUUCUGGUCUACUUAGUUCUCCUAUAUCUUCUUAAUCAAAUUGGGUAGUGGGUUAUGGCGUAUCAACAGCAGCCACCAGCUCAGGGUUCAGGUUCCUCUGCUGCUGGUAGUGGGGUUCCAUUCUUUAAUUCUCCUUUUGGGGACACCACCUUCACUAAGGUCUUUGUUGGAGGUCUUGCUUGGGAAACUCAGAGUGACACCCUCAGACGAUUCUUUGAGCAGUUUGGUGAAAUCCUCGAGGCUGUUGUCAUCACUGAUAAAAAUACUGGCCGAUCCAAAGGCUAUGGCUUUGUGACUUUCCGGGACCCUGAGUCUACAAGGAGGGCAUGUGCUGAUCCUGCUCCAAUUAUCGAUGGGAGACGGGCAAAUUGUAAUUUGGCUUCGUUAGGGCGACCUCGGCCUUCUGUGCAAUUUGGACGUCUGAGGUCAUCGACUCCAUUUCCAGCAGGGCUACCCGCUGCUCGGGGUGCUUAUUCUGGAAGUUUUGGCUACCAGCAACCGGUUUCUUAUGGCUACCAACAAGGCUUGAUGUAUUCUCCUUAUGGGUAUGCAACAUAUGGUGCGGAUUACGUUUACCCUCAGGGUGUUUACAAUCCUUAUGGAGGUCAACAGUACCUUCCUAUAUAUGGUGUACCUGGAACUGUUAACGCAACAAUGUAUCCUUACGGCCAGCUAAGUCAGGCUGUUCCUGGAAGUCACAGUUAUACGACAUUGCAGGGUUAUGCAGUGCCAGGACAUCAGAUUCUUCAGUUUGGUGGGCCCGGUGUCAAUGCAAUGACAGCUUCAUCCAUUCCAACUAUACAAGCACCAUACCAAACAGGUGUCGGAGCGCCUGUUACACCACAGACACAGUUUAUACUACCUACUCAUUCUCCUCAAUUUAUGCAAGGUAGCGGUUCUGACCAAAAUGCAGGGUGAGAUUUUAUCAAGGUACUAGAUUGCAGCAGGACUAACAGCAGCAGUAUUGCUACUUGAGAGGCAGGCUUUUAAUCUAGCCUUGCAAAUUAUUCACUUUGCAUUCUCGAGGUUAUAAAAAGUCAUACCCACCAUGAGAGCUCAAUGUCUGAGUCGCUCCUGAUGAUUGAGUGAGGAAACAUGGAAGUUGCGGAUUGCACUUCCUUCAACAUCAUGUAUCUAGGCCCUUGCAUUCUGCUGGUGUCAGGAUAACUGGCAGAGAGUCAGUGUCAUCAUGCAUUGGAGGGAUACUGGAAUAGGUUUCUGGCUCCCUCCUUGUAGCAAUAAACUUUGUAAAAAAUUCAUAUCAGAAUCAAUCAAUGAUUCAGUUAUAGUUAAAAACUCCCAGAAUAUGCUUUUGGGUGUGUAGAUAGUCACUGUCUUGCGUGCUGGUGCAUCAUGCACCGUGUUUGAAAGUAUUCUCAAGUCUUGUGCAUAAAAAACAAACAAGCUUUAGUCUUAAAGUUCAGAUUCAUUCUGUAAUUUGGAUGUUUUAUUGAUGAUUCUUGAAGCAAGAAGCUUCAG